AUGUCUCUGACCAUGAUGGAUGGUGCUACAUUGGUCUCUGCAACAAGACUUAAUGGUGACAGCUGGAUACAUAACCAGUGCACCAACGGAACAUGCGCCAACGGGAAAGUUAUUUAUGAGCAUGUACAUUGUGAGACUCCGAAGCCUAUAGCAUGUGAAAAUAACUAUCCUCCAAUCAAAGUGUAUGACGAAUCUGGAUGCUGUUUCCACUAUGAGUGUCAAUGUAUCUGCUAUGGUUGGGGAGACCCUCACUAUAUCACCUUUGAUGGAACAUACUAUGGCUUCCAAGGAAAUUGUUCUUAUGUCUUGGUCAAAGAAAUCCUGCCAAAGUACAACUUCAGUGUUGUAAUCGACAAUUACUAUUGUGAUGCCCCAGAUGGACUUUCCUGUCCUCAGUCUCUGACAAUUUAUUAUCAAUCUUACGAGAUAUUCAUGACCAAGAAGGACGUUGAUGGAGUUUUCACAAGUCUGAUUUAUGUAAACCAGCAACGCAUCAUCCCAGCAUAUGAGACCAAGGACUUCCGCAUCACAGACAACGGAAUUGAGACUCUUUUAGUCAUACCAGCAAUUAAUGCCAAGGUGUCUUUCACUGGUCUUAUGUUUAGCAUAUACCUGCCCUGGGACAAGUUCAGUGGCAACACUGAGGGACAGUGUGGUACAUGUGACAACAACCGGACAGAUGACUGCCGCUUGCCAAAUGGGACUAUCGAUUCAUCUUGUCCAGACAUGGCACACCAAUGGCAUGUUGCUGACCACAAUAACAGUCAGUGCACACCACCACCACCAGAGCCGACACCAACACAACCACGAGACUGCGAUCCACCCAUUUGUCAUCUCAUUCAAAGCAAGUAA